AUGGCACCCUCAACCACCUCAGAUGUCACCUCCACCUCCUUCUUGACCACUGGAGUCACCCCCAGCUCUGUCACCUCCACCGACGUCACCUCCAUGGCACCCUCAACCACCUCAGAUGUCACCUCCACCUCCUUCUUGACCACUGGAGUCACCCCCAGCUCUGUCACCUCCACCGACGUCACCUCCAUGGCACCCUCAACCACCUCAGAUGUCACCUCCACCUCCUUCUUGACCACUGGAGUCACCCCCAGCUCUGUCACCUCCACCGACGUCACCUCCAUGGCACCCUCAACCACCUCAGAUGUCACCUCAACCUCUUUCCCCACCACUGAAGCCACCUCCAGCCCUGAGGUCUCCUCCUCAGAUGUCACCUCCAUGACAUCUCCCACCACAUCAGGAGACGCCUCCACCAUCUUCUCCACC